AUGAUUUUGGCGAGUUCAAUUCCAGCAUAUAUUGGGUUUAUGAUAACCGGGUGUUGUUUCAAUGUGUUUACAUUUGAGAAACUCCUGGAAAUUGACAACAAGACCACCAACCUCAUUACCUUUGCCCAGAAUAUUUUCAUUUUCCUGGCAAUCUCAUUGUAUUUGGCAUAUACCCACUAUUGGGACAACCGCAAGGCCAGAUUGAGCAUAACCUCUUGGAACGUUGCUGUUCCGAUAUUGCUGCAAACCCUCGGAGCCAAUGUUAACAACUUUGUAUUUCAAUACAACCUUUCCAUGCCGACGCACAUCAUCAUUCGUUCAUCUGGAACUGUGACCACCCUGUUGCUAGGAUGGGUCUUUUUCAACAAAAAGUAUACAUUGAGACAGAUAAUUGGCUCGACAUUGAUUGCAGUGGGGACAGUAUUGUUUACGUUGAAUGCUGGCCAACAGUUGGAAUCUUCUUCUCGGAGCAGCAUUAUGGGUGUGUGUCUCUUGCUAGGGACGACUAUUAUGAACUCUGGACUAUCUUUAUACAAGGAGAGCAUUUAUACGCGGGACGGAAGCAAGAUGGAUUGGAAGGGUGCCUUAUACUACAAUACCGUCUAUGGGUUGCUCUUUUACAUUCCGCUCGUUGGAACAAUCAAACAGGAGCUUUUGUCUCUAUGGAGGAGCAACCAGUCCUUUGGCGAGCUGUUGGGAUGGAACCUGGUAACUCAGAUGUCAUGUAUACUAGGUGUCAACCUGCUAGUCUUCAAGGUGAGUGCCUUGAGCUUCACCAUCAUUCUGUUGAUACGCAGAUUUCUUUCACUGUUUCUCAGCAUGUAUAUAUUUGAAACCCCCGUGGGGCAGUGGGGUAUAUUUGGCAUUGGCCUGGUAAUUCUUGGGUCGUUGACGUAUUCGUUAAACAACAACAGGCCUGUAUCUGUUGUGAAGAAAGACCAGUGA